UGGGGACGUUCCGCUCGUCCUUACUGGCGGAGAGCAAGUCACGUGACGCCAGCUGUCCGACACGAAGGAGCUGCGCAGCGGGUCUGUGGGCUGAAGAUGGCGGACAGAGAGAACGCUCUCGGAACGGCUUGUUCAGGCACCUCUGAGAUGGACGAACCUAUCGCAAAAAGGUCAAAAAUCUAUCCGGUGACCAACCACGGACCUAGAGCCAUAGAAACGGACACAAUCUCCUGUGUUUCGGCGGCCAUUGGGAGCCUGGAAGAGGCGGGGAAUUGUGCCGAGCCAGCGGAGAAGAAGGAAGCGAAGCCGGUGAUGAUGGCGGUGGAGCAGGCCCCUGCAUCGCGAGGCGGGGACAACAAUGGACUGAGUCUGCCGGUCUCCGAGCCGCUUAAAUCAUCUGGGAAAUUAGGCGACAGCACCGCCUUUGGUGCAAGUGAGGAAGGUGCCGAUUUUCUUGGACAUGACGAUCUGCUUCGCAAUGGUCUUGCUGUCACACCAGAGCACAUUGAUGAGGAAGAUGACAGAUCUUCACAUGCAAGCUCCAGUGACUGGACUCCUCAACCGCAAAUAAGUUCGUACAGUUACAUCCAGCAGCACAUCAGAGAGACGGAUCCACGGGCCAUUCUGAGGGAUCUGCUUCCUGAAACCAUCCUCCCCCCAGACCUGGAUGAUAUGACGUUAUGGCAGAUAAUCAUCAACAUCUCUGAGCCUCCAAAAAGAAGAAAACGAAAGGAUAUCAACACCCUGGAAGAUGUGGUGAAGCUGCUUCAUGAAAGCAAAAGGAUCCUAGUCCUGACUGGCGCUGGUGUGUCCGUUUCAUGUGGAAUACCAGACUUUCGCUCCAGAGAUGGAAUUUAUGCACGACUUGCUGUAGAUUUUCCUGAUCUUCCAGAUCCUCAAUCAAUGUUUGAUAUUGAAUAUUUCAGAAGAGACCCUAGACCCUUUUUCAAGUUUGCUAAGGAGAUCUUCCCCGGUCAGUUCCAGCCGUCGCCCUGUCACAGAUUUAUAUCCAUGCUGGAUAAACAAGGGAAGCUGCUUCGCAAUUACACUCAAAACAUUGAUACGUUGGAGCAAGUGGCCGGAGUCCAGCGAAUCAUCCAGUGCCAUGGAUCAUUUGCUACUGCAUCGUGUCUUAUCUGUAAACACAAGGUGGAUUGUGAGGCGAUAAGGGCUGACAUCCUCAAUCAGGUCGUCCCCCGUUGCCCCCGGUGUUCGGACAUUCCUCUGGCCAUCAUGAAACCUGACAUCGUGUUUUUUGGAGAGAAUCUUCCAGAACUUUUCCACAGAGCCAUGAAGCAGGACAAAGACGAGGUCGACCUUCUGAUCGUCAUCGGCUCGUCUCUAAAAGUCCGGCCGGUCGCCCUCAUUCCGAACUCCAUUCCUCAUGAAGUGCCUCAGGUUCUGAUCAACAGGGAGCCGCUGCCUCAUCUGAACUUCGACGUGGAGCUGCUGGGCGACUGCGACGGCAUCAUCAACGAACUCUGCCACCGGCUGGGCGGAGACUUCGAGCAGCUGCGCUUCAACACUCUAACCCUCAACGAAAUCACAGAGAAACCGCCGCGGUUAGCAGAGCCGCCGCCGCCCGACGAGGCUUCCACUGACCCGGCGGACAAACCUCCAGAAGAGACGGAGAGCGAGAAUGUCACGGAAACCGUAACGCCGUCGGAGCCUUGUUCGAACGCGGCGAGUCGAAGCGCGGACGCCGCCGAGUCGCCGGAGCCUCAGAGAGAGGAUGCGGCGAAAGACGAGGCAGGCGAGGCGAAGAGCCAAAUCUCAAAGCCGGACAAUCGAAAGCGAUACUGGAUGAGUCGGGUCAGCAGGAGUCCAAUCAGCAAACGGCUUGAAGGCUGUCAGUACCUUUUCCAAGCACCGAAUCGAUACAUCUUCCACGGCGCCGAGGUCUACUCCGACUCCGAGGAGGACGAGACGUCGAGCUCCUGCGGGAGCGACAGCGACGGCUCCGACUGCAGCCAGGACGGGCCGGAGGACUGCAGCGAGGCCGAGGACGGCGCCCGGCCCGCGGGCGACGAGGCGAUCCACAGAGACACGUUACCGCUAAACGAAGAGGCCACGCCCACUCUGCAGACAGACUUCACAUCAGAACACUCUGAGAGGACCACACAUCUUUAGGCGUACAUUUCACAAAGCACUAACUGUCUUGUUGGGUUUUUAUAUAUAUAUAUAUAUAAAUAUAAAUAUAUAUAUAUAA